ACCCUCGUGUGCGUAUGCGCUGGCAAGGUGCAUGUAUGGAGGUCUAAGAAUAACUUUUCAACUAGGCCGGGUCUGGAGACAACUCAGGUCGUCCAGCCGAGUGGCAAGUGCCUUCACCCGUUGAGCCAGCUAGCUUGACUAGCCUUUUAUUUUGACACAGUCUCUUUCAGCAGCCCGGGCCAGUCCGGAACUCACUAUGAUAUCCAGGUUGGCCUUCAUCUGGAGGUGAUCCCCCUGCUUCAGAAUCCUGAGUGCUGGGAUUACAGGCAUGAGUUACGUAGCUCAGACGGGCCUUGAUCUCCAUUGACCUCCACCAGGCUCGCGCUUGCUGAGACUGCAAGCCUGAACAAACUAGUCUGGCUAAAGAGGCUCACAAACCUUCAUCGCGAACAUCGGAACCUUGAGCGUCCCAGACCCCCUGGGUGACGCCCACUUCCGUCUUGCUCUCUAGGCCUGGACUCAGCUGCGGCCGCGUGCGUCAUCAUUCCGUGCCGCCGCGCCACCGGCAUCAUCUAGCCCCGCCCGCGCGGCAGCUCGGCUCCUGUCAGAGCCGGCAACAGCCAUGGUGCUUCCUAGUGUUUUGUAAGUUGGCAGCGGAGGCUCGGGACGUGGCGCAGGUCCGGAUGGCGGCCCUGGUGGCUGCAGCGGCCCUGGCGGCGGCCGAGCCUCCACCCGCGGUGCCGCAGGCGGCGGGGAGCGGGGGCCCGACCUCGCGUCGAGACUUCUACUGGCUGCGUUCCUUCUUAGCCGGAGGUAUUGCUGGAUGCUGUGCCAAAACCACAGUUGCUCCCUUGGAUCGAGUAAAGGUUUUAUUACAAGCUCACAACCACCAUUACAAACAUUUAGGGGUACUUUCUGCACUGCGCGCUGUUCCCCAAAAGGAAGGCUACCUUGGAUUAUAUAAAGGAAACGGUGCAAUGAUGAUUCGGAUCUUUCCCUACGGUGCAAUCCAGUUCAUGGCCUUUGAGCAUUAUAAAACGUUCAUUACUACAAAGCUGGGAGUUUCUGGUCAUGUGCAUAGAUUAAUGGCUGGAUCCAUGGCAGGCAUGACAGCAGUUAUCUGCACUUACCCUCUGGAUGUGGUCAGGGUGCGCCUGGCCUUCCAAGUGAAAGGCGAACACACCUAUUCAGGGAUCAUCCAUGCGUUCAAGACAAUCUAUGCCAAGGAAGGUGGUUUCCUUGGAUUCUACAGAGGUCUGAUGCCUACUAUAUUAGGAAUGGCUCCGUAUGCAGGUGUUUCCUUUUUUACCUUUGGUACCUUGAAGAGUGUUGGGCUUUCCUAUGCUCCCACCCUGCUUGGCCGACCAUCGUCCGACAACCCCAACGUCUUAGUUUUGAAAACUCACAUAAACUUACUUUGUGGUGGUGUUGCUGGAGCAAUAGCACAGACGAUAUCCUACCCAUUUGAUGUGACCCGUCGGAGAAUGCAGUUGGGGGCAGUCCUACCGGAGUUUGAGAAGUGCCUUACCAUGAGGGAGACCAUGAAGUAUGUCUAUGGACACCAUGGGAUUCGGAGAGGAUUGUACCGUGGCUUAUCUCUGAACUACAUCCGCUGUAUUCCCUCUCAAGCUGUGGCUUUCACAACAUAUGAACUUAUGAAGCAAUUUUUUCACCUUAACUAAAAGAAAAAAAUCAUGA